AUGGCACGGCACAGGAAAGACCCUUUCGCAGACGACUUUUUGGACGAUGAUAGCGACCUUUCCUCCGCACCCGAAGAUGAUCUCGACGUAGGUUCCUCUUCUGGACUUGGCUCUCACGCACGCAAGAGGAUGAGAAGAAGCAAGGAUGAUGCGGUAUACGGUAUCUUCGGGGAUGACGAGGACGCGGCGAAUGAAGCAGAAGGUGGGAUGGGUAGCACGGUUAGAGCGAGAGAUGCCAAGGGAAGGAAGGUGGAUUACCGGGCUGGACAGGCCUUUGUGCCCGCCUCGAGCAGCACGACACAACGGAAGGAUGCUUCAGAGGACGAUGCAGAAGCCGAAACCUUGCAAGCAAAAGAGGAAGAGGCAGACGAGGAGAAAGAGGUAGUGGACGACUUUCAACCAACCUCGUUUCACUCCUCUCGACAGCAUAGGGGCGGGUUAGGCUCAGGAUCACAGAUAUCACGCGAGCCACGUGAGCCAACACCACCAAAGGCUCUAAAUGCAGGCGGAAGAGCAGGCAUUGGUGCACGAGCAGGAAUCGGAAGCAGAUCCAUCAAUGACCAAGAGGGAGAAGGGGGUCCAUCAAAACGCAAAAGUGGCCUCACUUCACUAUCGAUGUUCGUCUCUGCAGGUGCAUCAAAGGUGUCUGAUACUAAGGUGCCGCCUCACGAAGUCGCUCCCAGUAUCUCAACAGCAAAGACAACAGCAACAGCAGCGCCCUCAACUGCACCUCCACAAGGAAUUGCAAUGGAAGAACAACUCUCAGCAGCAGGUCUACCUACCGCCUUUGCCGCCCCAAAACCCACUCUUGCACCAUCUUCCGCUUUCCAACGCGCCUCCAAGCCUACACCACCUCCCUCAAUACCGCCCACAAGCAUCAAGUUUGGGAGCAAAUUCGAUCCGUCCGCAUAUCUAGCGUCCAUGGGAUGGACGGGAGGAGGACUUGGCAAGUCCGGUCAAGGCAUUGUUGCUCCCAUCGAGGUCCAACUUCGACCUGAACGUGCAGGUAUCGCUUAUGGUGGACUUAAAGAGAAGACUCAGCAAGCUCGCAAUGAAGCUAGGCGGCGCGGACAAGGCUCCCCCUCUCCCCCUCCUUCAGGGAAGAAGCAGAAGGGAAAGAAAGAGAAGAGACCAGUAUGGACUCAACCCGAGAGGGAAAAGAAACCUCGCAAGCCAAAAAUCGAACAUCGAACCUACGAGCAGAUCCUUUCUGAGAUCGGUGCAGCCCCGGCUCCGGCGGGAGGAGAAAAGAUUUACGAUGCUAGUAGCGGCCAACUUCGAGAAGUUACUGAUUUGGCUUCUGCACUUGGAAGGAAGAAGGGUGUUCCGACAGCAAGUCAGAGCGUGUUGCCGGAGUUGCAGCAUAAUUUGAGGUUGAUAUGCGAUGCGAAUGGGCAGACACUGGCUGCGUUGGCGAGGGAAGGAAGACAGAUCAUGGAUAGGAGGAGGUGGUUGAAGAGGGAAAGCGAGAUGGAGGAACGGAAGCAGGUUGCGGAGGUGGCAAAGACGCAGCGCAUCAGAGAAGUUUUGGUCUUGGUGAGGAAGUUAGAGGAGGGGAGUGGAAGAGCGAGUGUAGAGGUGGAAGACAGGGGGAAGGAGGUGUUGGAUGGGUUCACGCCAUUGGUGCAGGAGCUGGGGGCAAAUUUCGCAGAUGAGAUCUUGGAGUUAGGAUUGGACGAAGCGGUGAUUGGAGCUGUUGCGCCCAUCUUCCGGGUUCUAUGGAGCUCUGGCUCGUGGACUCCGCUGAGACAACCUCAUGCUGGGGUGUCUUAUCUCAAGCAGUGGCUUGCGGUAAUCCGUCCUUCACCAACCUCGACUAAGAAGACUGCUACAGCGGUAGUGAUGACAUCCUACGAAUCACUCCUCUGGACCCUCUGGAUGCCCUCCAUCCGCUCUUCACUCAACAAUGCCUUCAAACCGCACCAUCCUUCCUCAGCUCUUGUACUCCUCGAAACCUGGCACCCACUCCUCCCCACCUUCAUAUUCGAUAACAUUAUCCAACAACUUCUCCUACCCAAACUCAGAGCCGGUAUCGCCAUGUGGGAUGCAAGAACCUCGACGUGGGGACUAGAGCAUGUGGUCUUCCCCUGGCUACCACUACUCGGUAUACCGCGGAUGCAGGAAGUGCUGGAUGAAGCGAAACGACGCCUCAGAUCCGGCCUUAAAGUGCUUAGUCUAAAUAAAGGUCCGAGCAAAGGAUUGGGUCAGUGGCGAAAGUUUUACACCGAAAAAGAAGGUGGCAGGGGAGAAUGGGAAGGGUUGAUGCUAUCCACACUCGUGCCCAGGCUGAGUUCGUACCUGGAAAGACAAUUCAGGGUUGAUCCUGUGAAUCAGAACCUGGAACCCCUGAACGUGGCACUAGGUUGGAAAGGCGUGAUUGGACGGUCGACGGUGAAGAGAGUGGUUGUGGCGGAUCUGUUUCCCAAAUGGCUCCAAGUCCUGUGCGACUGGCUGAAACAGCCUCAAGUGCAGCUAGGCGAGGUGGCAGAAUGGUACGAGUUCUGGCGCUCAUUCUUUCUCCACCACCAUCUUGUUGAGGAAGGGGAGAGGGAAGAAGAUGCGGCGAACAUCGGCUUCUGCUUAGGUCUGAACCUGAUCAACUCUGCCUUAGACCAUCCUCUUGAUCAACGCGGUAAGCUCAGACCACCAGCAUUUACUCUACCCUCUCGACAUCGUUCCUCCGCACCCAAGAAAGCAACAACACCAGAACUUCAGGACGAUAGCGAGAAGGAAGUGGCAACCUUCCGCAGCGUCCUGAUCGACGAACUCGCGACACACGACAUGUUCUUGUUGAAGACCUCAGAGGUUCAUCGAAUCUCUCCCACUGCUACAACGGCUGUUUGGAGAGUGUCGAAGAGUCCUUCUGGUGCAGCUGGAGGAGGUGGAAAGGGGAAGGAAAAGUCGGUCAAGGUGUUUAUCGAUGAUGAUGUUGUGUUCCUUCACCGCCUCAACACAGAGGGAGAGGGGGAAGGGGAGUGGGAACCGAUUUCUAUCUCCACUCUGGUCGCUGCGCUGGAGUAG